AUGACCAGCUCGGCACCAACGCCGCCACGAGUCGGCGUCGGCCUCUUCCUCUUCCCACCUCCCACCCACUCCAACGCCAACCACUUUCUCCUCGGCGAACGCCUCGGCUCCCUCGGCGCCAACACGUUUGCUCUGCCCGGCGGACAUCUCGAGUUCGGUGAGUCGUUCGAGGAGUGCGCGGCGCGGGAGGCGGAGGAGGAGACGGGCCUCAAGGUGCGGGACCUACGAUUCUUGACCGCCACCAAUAGUGUUAUGGAUGGUGGAAAGCAUUAUGUCACGGUGUUCAUGGUCGGGGUCGUGGACGAGGAGGGGGGAAGAAAAGCGGAACCAGAAACGAGGGAGAGGGACAAGUGUGCGGGGUGGGAGUGGGUGAGGUGGGAGGAUGUCGUGGGAUGGGCGAGCAAGGGGGCCGGCGGUGAGGACGGUGGAAGACGACUGUUUCAGCCCAUGAGGGAUUUGGUGGAGCAGAGAAGUGAGACCACGCCGCGACCGUCAGUUGUGGUGAGCGGUUAG